UUUGGGUCAUUAUUUACAAUUUCCAUCGUUUCUUCUGCUUGAGAGGUUCAUAAUUUGGCGUGGUGACUGUGGGGUGGUAGGGAGUUGGAUUGGUGAGAGUGGCAAUUGAUUGAAGCAGACCCAGAUUGCAGAGGGAUCAGGCGAAGAGAGCAAAUGGGUUUUGUGAGCAAUCGAGUGGGCAAAAGUAAGAUCAAACCUGGUGACCACAUUUACACCUACAGAGCUGCCUUCACUUAUUCCCAUCAUGUGGAAAGUCCUCUGCCAAAGUAAGCCUUAGCCAUGGAAUCCAAGAGCUUGUGAGGUACCUUCCUUAGGUUCUUUUACCUCUCUUUCCCAUCAAGCCUCUUCAAGGAAGCUAGCUCAAGACCCUCUGAUGGAUCAAGACGACUGACUGACCAAAGGGGGYGAAAGGAUGGAUCACCUGCCGAUCUGUGAUCAAACAAAACUAUACCUGAAGAAUGGGAUACAGAUUGACCAGCACAAAAGCCAUCUCUAUCAAUCUGAAAGUUUACGCAGGUGGAUACCAGGUGAUUCAUUUUACAGCUGAGAUGAAUUUGAAAUCAACAACUGCCAGUGCCACAUCUUCUGGUUUCUGUUCUUCAAGUAAAAGCAUUCCAUCAUUAUCCUGUCCAAACAUCCUCAGCAUCCCCCAUUGUGGAAUCAGGCAGCCGGGCAGUGGUGUGGUCCUUUCUUGUCUGGACUGCUGUCUCGGCAACGGCUCCCUUUACUGCUUUGAUUAUGGAGUCUCCUCACUAGUUCUCCUUUCGAGGGUACGAGGCGGCACUUGCACCACUGCGAAAUCCGACCGAUCGAAUAAGGUUCUCCACAGAGCAAUGUACCUUCUUCUAAAUGGAUUUGGGGAGUACGAUGUGUUUGCAAACAACUGUGAGGAUUUUGGUUUAUACUGCAAAACGGGUGUUCUGAUAAGAGACAAUCGUGGGGUUGGGAGAAGUGGUCAAGCUUCUUCUGUCUUUGGUGCUCCCAUGGCUGUCAUGUUUUCCUCUCCUCUGAAGUUGCUAAUGUCGUCAAGUUCUGUUGGUAUGGCUGUGACAGCUGCUGGAUGGUACAAUUGUAUAAGAUAUGCAAAUGACAUUGGUGUUCGAACUGAUGUGAUUAAGGUGGAAGUGGAGGACUUGCCGGUUUAUCUCAAUAAAAGCAGUUCAGAUCAAAUGGAAGCAAAGAAAAUGGAUGAUUUUGAGAGAGCGUUUAGAGCAUCUAAGCAAGUAACAUUGAAAGAGGGUAGCUAGACCUCUGAUUUUGAUUCAUUUUGGUUUCUAUAUUUUUAAAAUUACCACUGUUUCGAUCCAUAAACUCGAGAAAAGUGAACCGUGCUCGUCCAAGGAGGGAGUUUGCUUUACCCAACUCUCUUUUUGAUAACAAGGCAGAACCCCCCGACCCAACAUUCAUUAGUUUCGAAUGAAGAAUGAAGAGUGCCCUGUCCUUGCAAGCAUCUACUCCUAUCAAAAUGAAAAGCGUGAUUUUACUAAACAAGCAAGAAAAUCCCUUUCUAUUAGUAAAGGGCUUUAGGCUUUACUAAUAACAUAGAAGGUAAGACCGGCUUUUGAGCUGAAGCUUUACAACAAUAGAGCUUAGAUAGGGUCCUUUCUUAUUAUUAGUAAGAUAGGUUGUUUGAGCGUAUUUUUUGCCCUUUCUUAUUAUUAAUAAGGUUUUUACGGUCUCGAAGAUUCGAGCUUUAGAUUUUGAGAAAACGAUUGAAAUCUCACACGAACGAUUUUUCGUUCUAAAUUUGAGAACACUAGAGUCAAAAAGAGAGUCUGAUGCUUUC